UGGUCGCCGGUGCCGGGCCGGACGGCCGCUUAGACAAGAGCCGGGCUGCGGAGCGCCGGUGCCCGGCGGUUCCAGCCCGGCGAGGAACCCUGUGAGGCCGCGGAGGAGACGCCGCUAAGUUCACUGCAGGUGGGACUCAGCGGGCGCGGCGCAGCGCGAGCCGUUCCCGGGCGCCCCGGUCCUCGGCGUCCGUGAAUGUUCUGUGGGCCCAUGGCCCUGCCCACCCUCUGAGGCCGCGGGCCGCCGCCCUGGCACCAUGAAGGCCGAAGGGUUUUCCUCGAGGGCCGCGCCCCGGCCGGAGGGGGCUGCGGAGAGGCCGAGCCGCCGAGCCACCCCUGUCGCCGGGCCCUGCCUGUAGGACGUCGGGGCCCGCCGCCCGGCUCUCGUGUCCGCGCCGCAGUAGGCGCCCCAUCGCCGGCUCUGACAUGGAGGAGGGGGCAGCUGGUCCGGGGAGCCCCCUCCCGCCUGCCAUGAAGGCAGAGACCGCGACCGCGGCGCAGGAGCCCCCGGCCGGGCCCAGCGUCAGUCACCUGCUGAGUAGCCGGAAGCUGGUGGCCUUGGGGGCCGUGCUCGGCUGGCUUCUGGUCAUCCACCUCCUGGUCAACGUGUGGCUCCUGUGCCUUCUGUCUGCGCUGCUGUUGGUGCUGGGAGGAUGGCUGGGCGCCGACGCCAUCGUGGGGCCUUCGGGUCGGCUGCACCUGGAGCGCUUCAUCCCCAUGGCUGUCUGCCCCCCAAACCCCGAGGCCGAGAGGCAGCUGGAGCAGGAGAUCGACCGCACCAUCCGGAUGGUCAUGCGUGACUUCGUGUCGUCCUGGUAUCGCACAGUGAGCCAGGAGCCUGCCUUCGAGGAGGAAAUGGAGGCAGCCAUGCGAGGGUUGGUCCAGGAGCUCCGGAGGAGGAUGGCCAGGGUGGACAGCCAUGCUCUUGCCCAGAGGGUUCUCACUCUCUGUGGUUGUCACUUGCAGAGCUAUCUUCAGGCAAAGGAGGCCACGACGGGGAAGCAGAGUGGCACAGCUGAGCCCUCCCAGCUCUGGGAGGCUUACUGCCAGGCCACCGCCCCACAUCCUGCAGUACAGAGUCCCAGGGCUGAGGUCGCCUACACACGUGGCAUUGUGAACGUGUUGCUUCAAGGCCUAGUGCCAAAGCCCCACUUGGAGACCCGGACCGGCCGCCAUGUAGUGGUGGAACUCAUUACUUGCAAUGUCAUGUUACCACUGAUCAGCAAGCUCUCAGAUCCGGACUGGAUACACCUUGUGCUAGUGGGCAUCUUUUCCAAGGCCAGAACUGGCCCAGCAGGAGUGGGUAAACCACUCUGCCCAGCCAGUGCCCUGGAACAGCCCUCAGUGCCCACAUCUCUGCCACUGAUUGUGGAGGUCCAGAGUCUAGCAGAUGCGAGAGCCCCUUCUCCAGCCUCAGUGCUCCUAAACUAUAGUGAGCCUUCACACCCCUCCCCAGAAGUCGAAGAAGGCCAUGAAGCACUGGAGGGAGAUUUGGGGGGAGUGCUAGAAGAGAGAGAAGUAGGAAACAACUCUUCUCACUUCCUGCAGCCUCUGUUCUUGUCCGAAGACGCAGAGCUGGAGUCUCCGUUGUCUGAACUGGGCAAAGAAACCAUCAUGCUCGUGAACCCAGGCACCUUCCUCUCUGCCAGGAUUCAGGACUCCCUGUGUGCCCUAGGGGGUUCCCAGGCUCUGGAGUCUAAGGAUGAAGAGGGAUCUGAAGGAAUUGAAGGGGCAGAAGCUGAGGAGGGUCCAGGAACAGAAACAGAGACCAGCCUGCUUGUCUCCAUGCUGAAUUCCUGCCCAGAGAUCCAGAUUGACACAGCAGACAAGGACGUAGAGCAGGGAGAUGUCACCUCUGUUACAACUUUGCUGGCCAGUCCAGAAAGGAUGUGUCCCCCACGACCCUCGUGCUUAGAGAAAGAUCUCACCAAUGGUGUGAGCUCCCUAGAUCCUAGUCUCCCACAGGUACUGCUCUCCUCCUCUCCACCUGGUCCCCUCAGCUCAGCCACCUUCAGCUUUGAGCCCCUGAGCAGUCCAGAUGGCCCCGUUAUCAUCCAGAACCUUCGUAUUACCGGCACCAUUACUGCUCGAGAGCACAGCGGCACCGGAUUCCACCCAUACACGCUCUACACGGUGAAGUAUGAGACCGCCUUUGACUGCAAGAGCAGCAGUGGCCUGCAGCAGCUGGCCUACCACACCGUGAACCGCCGUUACCGAGAGUUCCUGAAUCUGCAGACCCGUCUGGAGGAGAAAUCCGAUCUACGAAAGUUCAUCAAAAAUGUGAAGGGUCCUAAGAAGCUCUUUCCAGAUCUUCCAUUUGGAAACAUGGAUAGUGACAGAGUGGAAGCCCGCAAGAGCCUCUUGGAAUCAUUCCUGAAGCAACUCUGUGCCAUUCCUGAGAUCGCUAACAGUGAGGAGAUGCAGGAGUUCCUUGCUCUGAACACAGAUGCUCGUAUUGCCUUUGUCAAGAAACCAUUCAUGGUCUCCAGAAUAGACAAGGUGGUGGUGAGCGCUAUCGUGGACACCUUGAAGACAGCAUUUCCUCGCUCUGAGCCCCAGAGCCCCACAGAGGAGCUGAGUGAGGCCGAGACAGAAAGCAAGCCCCAGCCAGAAGGCAAGAAGGCUACCAAGUCCAGACUGAGGUUCUCAUCCAGUAAAAUUGCUCCAGCACUGAAUAUAACUGAGACACAAGAGAAGAUUCUCUAUUGUCUCCGGGAAGGCAGUGUGGAGUCAGAGAUCCUCUCCAUGUCUGGGAUGGAAUCCUUUAUUGAAAAGCAGACAAAGUUACUAGAAACGCAGCCAGCAGAAGCCCCAGGAAAAGAUUCUGAACAAAUCUCCAAGGGAUGUGUGGAUGACUGCGUGUCAGGUGCAGCCGUGCCAGCCCAAGACCUCAGCAACAGUGAUCCAGGAACAGAGACAGAGUUGGCUGACACAGCCCUGGAUCUGCUUCUCUUGCUGCUGAUGGAACAGUGGAGAUGGCUAUGUACGGAGAACGUGCAGAAAGUUAUUCAUCUCAUCUUUGGGACCCUGAUUCAGAGGUGGCUAGAGGUGCAGGUAGCUACUCUGACGUGUCCUCAGCGCUGGGUGCAGUACCUCCAGCUUCUUCAGGAAUCCAUCUGGCCUGGCGGGCUUUUGCCUGAGUAUCCUCGACCCGUAAGGACCCAGGAGCAGAAGGCGGCUGCUGAGAAACAGGCUUUGCAGAGCCUGAUGGGAGUCCUGCCAGAUAUCGUCGUAGAAAUCCUUGGGGUGAACAAAUGCCGGCUGAGCUGGAGUCUUGUCUUGGAGUCACUGCGGCAGCCCCUCAUCAACCGGCAUUUGAUUUACUGCCUUUGGGACAUCAUCCUGGAAUUCUUGGAUCUCAGUGCCUCUGCUGAGGAGUCCGCCAUAACCAGCUCUGCCGCAGACACCCCAGGCAGCCCCAAGAAGAUGGGCAUCUCCCCUUAGCCAGAGGUUAUUUCACCCAUUUCUUCGAAGGAUCUAAUUAGUCUUGAAGAGCACCAGUGGUGAAAGCAAAGGCAUGGCGUCCAUUAGAAAGACGGACAAUUCGUAGAAAUUGGUGGAAGGAAAGGAGGGACGGAGAGCCAGGAGGUAGGCGCUGCACAUAGGUCUCACCGCGGGGGGUUCGCUCACCCUCGUCCCUUUAGCUUGCGCUUGCUGGGGCGUGCCUGAUGCCACUGAACUGGGACCCUUCCACUUGGAAGAGGGUCUUGGGGUUGGACUGGCGAGAACAGGGUGGGUCUAGGACAAGUGUCAAAGUUCUCUUAGAUUAAAACGGCUCACGGGAGAAACCUGUGAAAUCUUUCUGCUUCCCCACACCCCACCCCGGAAGGCUUUUAACCAUCAAACAUGUAGUGAGGUAAUUGGGGGCUUUAGUGGUACUGUUAGUGCCUAAAGGCAAGGGGAUGAAUAAGGUCAUGUCACUUGGUUCCUUCUGCCUUAAAAGUUGAUUGUUGGGCUUCCCUGGUGGCGCAGUGGUUGAGAGUCCGCCUGCCGAUGCAGGGGACAGGGGUUCGUUCCCCGGUCCGGGAGGAUCCCACAUGCUGCGGAGCGGCUGGGCCCGUGAGCCAUGGCCGCUGAGCCUGCGCAUCCAGAGCCUGUGCUCCGCAAUGGGAGAGGCCACAACAGUGAGAGGCCCGCGUACGGCAAAAAAAACAAAACCAAAACAAAACAAAAAGUUAAUUGUUACAGUCACUUUAUGGCUCCAGAGUUCUCAGAGCAUCUCCCAACCUGGGGCACUCACAGGAGAAGCCGCUCAGCAUUUCUCCCUGUGGUAAGUGUCUGCAGGGUGAGGGACUGCAGGGGGCCCAGCGACACUGUGCUGCCCCUCCCUCCCACCGCCAGGGCCAGGGUGCUCUCCAGGAGAGGUGGGGGGCAGCCCCGUGCUCUGCUGCCCUUCUCUCCCCAUGCUUUGCUCUCAUGUGUACUUGCCACCUAUGUUGCUUUGAAUCUCUGCUACUAGUUCUGGCUCAGAUAUGACACAAAACCAGUACACAAGCUGACAACACCGUUAAACCCCUAUAACGGUAAAUUCUAAGCAAUCUUUUGAUACUUCCAGCCCAAAGAACACUUCCUUGUAUUUCGUGUUCUAUAAGAGACCCCGCCUCCAUACUCUCUGCCUCAAAAAGAUCAGCUGUCUGCAGACCCUCCUCCUACCCAGAAGGGAAAUAAUGGAUAUCGUCAAGGAAAUAAUCAAACCCCAUCUGGCUCUGAAACGACCUCCCAUGUUUAGGUAGUAGGUUCAGACAACAAGGGAGAUAAGCAUUUGGGAGCGAGCCACAGGUCUCAGGAAAAGAUACUCCAGCUGAGAGAGAGAGUGAUGAAUGAAGAAUUGGACCUACACUAACCUGGAACAUCCGUGAUUCUCCUUUUGCCCUACCCAGCCCAUUCAUUUCCAACUUCCACUCUUCCUUUGCUCAUGGCACCCAACAACAGUUGUUAGGUCCUGGGCGGAGUAAAAAUAUGUGUCAGCAUGGUCCCUGGCUAUAUGAGUUAGGUUGCUUUAGCCUGAAAUUAAAUUACUAGAAACAUUUGUCUUCCCUCAGAUCAGUACCUGAGUGGGUGAGGCCCAGGGGUUGAUGGAUUCAACAACUCUGACCUCAUAGAGGGCCCAGAUUCUUCCCAUCUUUUUGCUUUGCCCUUGUAAACAUGUUAGCUCGUCCUCAGACUGCCUCCCUUCAUAGUUGCUGCGCUUCAGGGCAUCACAUUCACAUAUAACAAAUAUCCAUGAAAGAACGGGGGCAUCUCUCCCACGUUUUCUUCUAAAGAAUGAGGAAACCGUUUUCCAGAAGCCCUCCAAGAUUCCUCUUCUCCUGACUCGUUGGCCAGAACUGCCCACCCCUAAGCCAGUCCACUGACAUUGAGGAUGCAUGACCACGACUGGCUCGUAGUCGUGUUUGUCGCCCAGGGAGGAGGUCACUCUCCCGGAAGUUUAGAUACCUGAAAAAAUAAUUAGAUGUUAGCAAGGAAGAAGCAGAGGAUGGGCGUUGAUAAACAGUGUCAGGUGCAGGGGCCAUCCCGCCAACAUCACCAAAGUCCCCGGUGCUCUAAAAAUAGCGAACCAGCUAAGGGUAAUGUUUGCGGAAGGUGCCACGUGAAGCCCUUCACGUCCGUUACCUUACAUAACCCACACAUCAGCCCUGUGAGGUAGUUCUACUCUCUGUCCCCACUUUAUAAGGGAACACGAGGCACAGAGACGGUGACCUGCCAGUCACUUGAGGGAAAUGGCAGAGCUGAGAUACAAAUCUUGUCAGUCUGCCCUCAGGCCCACACACAUAACCAUUGUGCUAAUUUGCCUUUCUUCUUACAAAGCAAAAUAAGACGGGUUCUCACUUUGAAGGAGCCUAUGGUCUAGUAGACGUCUGUGGUAAAGGGCCAGGGAACACGUAUUUUAGGCUGUGUGGCCACAUGGUGGUCUCUGUUGCAGCUGCUCAGCCCUUCCACUGUGGUGUGAAAGCAGCCACAGGCAGUGUGUAUUCAGAUGACCGGCUGUUGGCAUAAAGCUUUGUUCACACAGAGGGCGGCGGCCGGGUUUGGCCCAGGCCCCUCGUCCAGUGAGAACAGUGCUUACUGAACUGGAGUGUGUGCGUGAGUGACCUGGCGCCCUGGUAAAGGCCUAGCGAACUGCAUUCUCACAAGCUCCCAGAGGUAGCCAGUGAGAAUGCAGGCCCUCAACCGCACCUCAAGUAUCAGGGGCUUAGGACUCGGUCGCCACCUCCAACUGGGUGCAGCUAAUGCACCACUAAAUAUACAGGAGGGGCACUUAAUUGAGGCUGGGGAGCCAGGGAGAGCCUGAGGUGAUAACAUCUGAAUUGACUCCUAAAGGAUUAACGGGAAUUAGCCGGUGAAGCAAUGGGGAGGUGUCCAGGUGGAGAGCACAGUGAACCAGGUGGGUAGAGUUACGGGGAGUCCCCCGCAUACACAUCCUGUCUGGCCUCUUAUCUGAGGUGCCCCGAGCGGCCAGGCCCACAGGACAGAUGUAAUGGCGGUCGAGGGCCACGGGUGGCCGUGUAGCGGGUGCGGAGGUUCCGCCUCACGAGAGAGGAAGCAGUCCUGGAGACCCGUCUACACCAGUGUGUGUGUUUGUAACCCUGCUAAAUUGCACACUUCGAAGUGGCUGAGACGGCACAUUUUGGUGUAUGUUACAGCAAUCCAGACAUUUUAAAGACAGCUGCGUGCAGCCCAGCACAGGGCGAGCCCGGUGUGUGGGGAGGGAGGGGUGAGAGCCGA